AUGAUAAUCCCCAAUUACACCAAUCUGCAAGACACAUCCCCAGAUAAAUCAUCCCCAACAUCCCCAACUAAAAUNNNAAUACAGCAUCCCAAUACAGCAUCCUCAACACAGCAUCCAAUAACAGCAAUUCCUCAAUACACACCCAUCCUCAAUACAGCAGUCCUCAAUGACAGCAUCCCCAAUACACCAUCCCCCAAUACAGCCAUCCUCAAUACAGCAAUGCCCCAAUCAUCCCCAAUAAACCAUCCCAAUACACACAUCCUCAAUACACCAUCCCAAAUACAAGCAUCUCAAUACAGCAUCCUCAAUCACAGCCCCAAUACAGCACUCAAUACACCCAUCCCCAAUACACCAUCCUCAAUACAAGCAUCCUCAAUACACAGCAUCUCCAAUACGCCCAAUCACCUACAGCAUCCCAAUUACAGCAUCCCACGCAUCCCAAUACACCAUCCCCAAUACAGCAUCCCCAAUACAGCAUCCCCAAUACCACCAUCCCCAAUACAGCAUCCUCAAUCCCCAAUACAGCAAUCCCCAAUACACCAUCCCCAAUACAGCAUCCCAAUACACCAAUACAUCAUCCCUCAAUACAGCAUCCUCAAUCCCCAUCCCAGCAUCCUCAAUACAGCUCCCAAUACACCCAUCCCUCAUACACAUCCCCAUACAGCAUCCCCAAAACCAUCCCAAUACAGCAUCCCAAUACAGCCAAUCCCCAAUCACAUCCCCAAUACACCAUCCUCAAUACAGCAUCCCCAAUACACCAUCCUCAAUACACCAUCCAUCAAUACACCAUCCCCAAUACAGCAUCCUCAAUACACCAUCCCCAAUACACAUCCACAAUACAGCAUCCCCAAUAACAUCAUCCUCAAUACAGCAUCCCCAAUCAUCCCAAUAGCAUCCUCAAUCCCCAAUACAGCAUCCUCAAUACAGCAUCCCCAAUCCUCAAUACAGCAUCCUCAAUCCAUCAACCCACCCAUCCCCAAUACAGCAUCCUCAAUACACAUCCCCCAAUCAACAGCACCUCAAUACAGCAUCCUAUCAAUUUCAUCCCCAGAUACACCAUCCCCAAUAAACAGCAUCCUCAAUACACAUUCCCAAUACAAGCAUCCCCAAUACAGCAUCUCAUACAGCAGCAUACACCAUCCCAAUACAGCAUCCCAAUACAGCAUCCCUCUACAGCAUAAUACACCAUCCCCAAUACAGCAUCCCCAAUACACAUCCCAAUACAGCAAUACACCAUCCUCGCAAUACAGCAUCCUCAAUACAGCAUCCUCAAUACACCAUCCCCCAAUACAGCAUCCUCAAUACAGCAUCCUCAAUACACCAUCCCAAUACACCAUCCCCAAUACAGCAUCCUCAAUACACCAUCCCAAUACAGCAUCCCCAAUAAAUCAUCCUCAAUAA